AUUGAAGUAUUCCGAGGUGCCGGUGCGCCGGACCAAUAGACGGCUGCCUUGGGCGUGUUCACUGACUCGGUCCUUUCCUUCUGGUCGAGCAGCGUGGGCUAAAGCAGUGUGUUUGGGAACUGUACCGGAUUCAUUCUGCGAGAAUAGCGACUUCUAGUUGAUUCAGAAUGGACUCCUCUUUGAGUGCAGCUCAAAUCCGUGAGAAGUUCAUUGACUUCUUCCGUCGCCAUGAGCACCAGUACGUCCACUCAUCAUCCACCAUCCCACUGGACGACCCCACGCUGCUUUUCGCCAAUGCUGGCAUGAACCAGUUUAAGCCCAUCUUCCUCAACACCAUUGAUCCAUCCCACCCUAUGGCCAGGCUGCGUCGUGCUGCCAACACCCAAAAGUGUAUCCGUGCAGGAGGCAAACACAAUGACUUGGAUGAUGUGGGUAAAGAUGUCUACCAUCACACCUUCUUCGAGAUGCUGGGGUCCUGGUCCUUUGGGGACUACUUUAAGCAACUGGCCUGUAAGAUGGCCUUGGAGCUGCUGACCGAGGAGUUUGGUAUUUCCAUAGACCGUCUGUAUGUCACCUACUUUGGGGGUAAUGCUGACGCAGGCCUGGAGCCUGACCUGGAGUGCAAACAGAUCUGGAUCGACUUAGGGAUGGAUGAGGCUCGCAUCCUGCCUGGCAGCAUGAAAGAUAACUUCUGGGAGAUGGGAGACACUGGUCCCUGCGGGCCCUGCAGUGAGAUCCACUUCGACCGCAUCGGAGGGAGAGACGCCGCUCAUCUGGUGAACAUGGAUGACCCCAACGUCCUGGAGAUCUGGAACCUGGUGUUCAUCCAGUUCAACAGAGAGUCAGAGACAGAGCUGAAGCCGCUGCCCAAGAAGAGCAUUGACACAGGGAUGGGUCUGGAGCGCCUGGUGUCUGUACUGCAGAACAAAAUGUCCAAUUACGACACUGAUCUCUUCAUCCCAUACUUUGAAGCCAUUCAGAAGGGUACAGGUGCUCGACCUUACACUGGUAAAGUAGGUGCUGAGGAUGCUGAUGGUAUCGACAUGGCCUACCGUGUCCUGGCUGACCACGCCCGCACCAUCACCAUCGCCUUGUCUGACGGUGGCCGGCCUGACAACACAGGAAGAGGGUACGUGUUGAGGAGGAUCCUGCGUCGUGCAGUCCGUUAUUCCCAUGAGAAGCUGGGAGCUCAGAGAGGCUUUUUUGCCUCCCUGGUGGAUGUGGUGGUGGAUUCCCUGGGUGAUGCUUUCCCAGAGCUGAAGAAAGACCCAGAAAUGGUGAAGGACAUUAUUAAUGAGGAGGAGACGCAGUUCCUCAAAACACUCAGCAGGGGACGCCGUAUCCUUGAUAGGAAGAUCAUGAGUCUAGGAGACAGCAAGACCAUCCCUGGUGACACAGCAUGGCUGUUGUAUGACACAUACGGCUUCCCUCUGGACCUGACCUCCCUCAUCGCCGAGGAGAAAGGCAUGGGGGUGGACAUGGCUGCCUUUGAGGAGGAGAAAAAGGCAGCACAGUUGAAGUCCCAGGGUAAGGGCGCAGGCGAUGAGGACCACAUCAUGUUGGACAUCUAUGCCAUCGAGGAGCUGAGAAACAAGCAGAUACCUGCCACAGAUGACUCUCCCAAAUACAAAUACACCUCGGAAGAAAACGGCAACUAUGAGUUUCAGCAGGCCUCGGCUACAGUGCUGGCCCUGCGCCGUGACCGCGCCUUCUGCGAUGAAGUGACCACAGGUCAGGAGUGCGGGGUGCUACUUGACCAGACUUCCUUCUAUGCUGAGCAGGGUGGACAGACGUUUGACGAGGGCUACAUGCUUCGAGAGGAUGACACCACGGAGGAUCGGAUGGAGUUCACGGUGAAGAAUACACAGGUUCGAGGAGGUUAUGUUCUCCAUGUGGGGACUGUCUACGGAACGCUGAAGGUUGGAGACCGUGUUACCUUACAUGUAGAUGAGGCUCGGCGUAGGCCUAUCAUGAGCAACCACACUGCCACGCACAUCUUGAACUUUGCCCUGCGAGGAGUUUUGGGAGAGGCGGACCAGAGGGGUUCCCUGGUCGCUCCCGACCGCCUUCGCUUUGACUUUACUGCUAAAGGUGCCCUUAGCACUGGGGAGAUCCGCCGAACUGAAGAGAUCGCUUGUGCCAUGAUAAGAGAUGCUAAGCCCGUGUACGCCAUGGAAGCCCCCCUAGCAGAAGCCAAGGCCAUUCAGGGUCUGCGCGCCGUGUUUGAUGAGACCUACCCCGACCCUGUCCGAGUCGUAUCUAUUGGCAUCCCCGUUCAGGACCUGCUGGAUGACCCCAGCAGUGCUGCUGGCUCCCUCACCUCCAUUGAGUUUUGUGGUGGAACCCAUCUGCAGAACUCAGGUCACGCUGCGCCAUUUGUCAUCGUCUCGGAGGAGGCCAUCGCUAAGGGCAUCCGCCGCAUUGUUGCUGUGACAGGAACAGAAGCCCAGAAGGCCCAGAGGAAAGCAGAUGCCCUGCUCCAGUCUCUGGCUGCACUAGGAGACAAGGUGAAGCAGCAGACAGCCCCAAACAAGGACAUACAGAAAGAGAUCGCUGACAUGACUGAGUCGAUAGGCACAGCAGUGAUCUCCCAGUGGCAGAAGGACGAGAUGAGGGAAACUCUGAAGGGCCUGAAGAAGACCAUGGACGACCUGGACCGCAACUACAAGGCUGAUAUCCAGAAGAGAGUCCUGGAAAAGACUAAGGAGGUGAUCGAAAGCAGCCCCAACCAAACCCUGCUCAUCAUGGAGAUGGAGACAGGAGCCUCAGCUAAGGCUCUGAAUGAGUCACUGAAGCUGCUGAAGUCGCAGUCCCCUCAGACCGCUGCGAUGCUCUUCACCGUAGACCCCGACGCUGGCAAGAUCACCUGUCUGUGUCAAGUCCCUCAGGACCUGGCCAACCGUGGUCUGAAGGCCAGCGAGUGGGUUCAGGAAUUGUGCCCCCUGCUGGACGGCAAAGGAGGCGGCAAAGACAUGUCUGCCCAGGCCACAGGAAGGAACACACAGUGCCUGCAGGAGGCUCUACAGAUGGCCAAUGAAUUUGCACGACUCAAACUGGGAGAGAACUAAGUUAAGAGAGGGAACCGGUGUAGGAGGUGGAGAGAGGAGAAAAUGAUGGUGGUUGAGGAAUGAAGUGGAAAUCCUGGGUCUUAACUGAGUUUGAAGUCAUCAAACAUACGUCUUUCUUUCCUCCGUCUUCCUCUCCUCUUCUCCUUUUGGCUUAGAAAAGAUUUAGAAAACAAACAACCUCUGGGCUUUUCGCUCUGGCCAUUUGACAUAUGACCACUGACACUCAGCCAGCAGUAAAUGAGCCACUUGUAGAUUUAUUGGUAGUAUGACUUGCUGACUGCCCCCCCCCCCCCCGAAAAAAAGAAAAUUUAAUCUCUGUGGAAUUUGCUUGAGUAUAUCAGAAGGACUUUUCAUGCAGUUAAAUGAAAGGGUGGUGGAUGAUUAGAGAAACUGAUUUGAGCCUGUCCACAUUGCAUGCCUGUGUACAGAGGAAAAGAAAAGGGACAUACCUGAUAUCAGUUUAGCCUCCUGUGAGUACUGUGCAGCUCAGAUGAAGCAACAAAAACUCAGACCUGUGAGCACGAAGUCGGCUCGUGAUAAACUCUAGAACUUUGAUCCUGCCUCUGCGUUUGUGUUUCAUCUCAGCGGAGCUCUGUUCAUUUAGAAACAACCCCCAAAGCACUUUUUUCUUUCCCGCUUGCUCAGGGCUGCAGUAACUUUUGGCUUCCUGUACCACUAAAGCUCAGCCUCGGGAAGAAAAGUGAAAAGUCAGCCCAGGUCUUAAAUGGUUUAUGUACUGUAUUCGCAGUAUGUCCUUUGUUAACUGAAGCCUUUUGAUCUGAUCUCUGGACAGUGUCUCCGUCCAUCUGUGUGAGCAAAACCCUGAGUUCUCUCUUGUGAUUGGUUGGACUUUUACCGGCAGUAGCUGUAUCAUAGUCUUGCUUUUCAAAUAACAAGCCAUUAUCUGACAUGUGUAAUAACAGGUUUCAUUUAGUUUAUUAAUAAUUCAUUGUCUGUAUAAACUGAUCAUAAAUGUGUCCAAUAAUGAAUCUGUGUAACUUAAUUUCCCUGACAUUUAAUAUUGAUUCAAUGCAGAAUGUUAUCAUUGUAGCUGUUUCAUGUCAGAGAAAUGUCAUGUUAUAGGAAUGGAAUAAAUGCAACUGGUAAAUGGCUAA